AUGGAAAUGGAGGGAGAAGUCAGCGACUACUUGACGAAACAAAUCUCGAUUGAACGAAACGUGGUUACAUUCCGGUCGCUCAGUCGGCACUUCAACAUACAUGUGAAUCUAGCUAAAAAGAUGGACGUGGAUGUGGACAUGGGUCUUGAAGAGCCUGACGACGACUCGGAACUCGUUCCGCUGACGAAGAUUACACUCGUCGGCGAGCAGGAUUUGAAAAAUCAGAACCAUCUGUCCAGACGCGAAAUCACAGUACUCUCGUAUACUCUCGGUCCACGUGUACAGCUUGUCUCCGUCGCCUUUGGUUACUGGUUGAUGUCUCACACUAGGCCACGCCAUCAGGAUGCUGGCCUCAUAUGCUCUUCUCUGGGAAAGGCCUACGAAGCGGAAGCCAAAAUGUCUGCAGAAUCAUCAGCCUUACUUGGCCGGAUCAUCGGGCCCCAUGUAGUUUGUCCGCAGAGAGGCAAACCCAUGCCUCUAGCCGCCUCUACAUCGAAAGUACCAGCGGCGGGAAUUCAGAAGCAGACUGUCAUGACCCAGAAGUCCUCAAAGCCCAUAGAGGUAAAAGAAGAUACGAAGAAGAGUAAAGAAGAGAAGCCGGCGCUCAAGCCUAGAGCGUCUGUUACGUCCGGUACGCUGGAUUGGAGCAAAGCAAAGGAGAAACAGGCGGAUGGCGGUCACAAAGUACAGAAGGUGGCGCCCGCACAAGCUGAUACGAAGGCCAAGAAGGAGAUGCCGGCAGUCCGGAACGUGAAAUCGCAUUUGGUCCCGCAAAAUGAGUUGUCUCGUUCGGCACCUACUGAAGACACUAGCACUGCAAAGCCCGAAACCAAGAGAGGCGUGAAGCGUAAAUCCACAUCGCCAGAUGUGUCUGAUUCAGAGGGCGAGCAGAGUGCACGCAAGCCUGUACUGACAGACGGUAAGCCGACCAAGACAAGCAUUGUACCCCCACGUCUGGUCAAGGGUGGUCCCAAGGGUGCAAGACGUCGUCUACUAUCCGAGUCGGGAGACGAGGAGCGUCCGCUUCCAGCAUCCACUUCGGCGAGGGGUAAGGUGAAGGCGAAGAAAGGCGUCGUUCUAUCCGACGACGAAGAAGACGAGUCUGAGCCAGUAGUGCGACCCCCUAAAGGUCGAGUUCCGGCCAAGAGCGCAGCGCGUUCACGAUCACCGCAGACGGACAAGAGUCUCCGGGCAAUGAUGGAUAUUGAUGAUAGCGAAGUCAUCAAGGCGUCUCGUACAUCUCCUGAGAGCCAGCAGGAGAUAGAAGAACCUGAACCGAAGGCAGAUGACCCUGAGAUCGUGGACGACUCGGAAACCGAACGCGUCAAGGCGAAACCACGAAAGAGGAAAGAGAAGAAGAUCGUCCCCGUCGGACAGAAUGGUCUGAAGAAAAAGCGCAUUAUGAAGACCAGGAUGCGAACAGACGAGAAGGGAUACAUGGUCACCGAAGACUACUCUGAGUACGAGUCGGUUGACGAAGAGGUGCCUGAGGAAGACGAGAAAAAGCCAAGGGGAAAGAAGACGUCAACUGCGAAGACCAAGCAGGUCAUCGAGCCGAAGCCCAAGCUGAAGCCAUCUACAUCCACCAGUGGCACGAGUCGUGGUAAUCUGAGGAAUUUCUUCGGUAACACUGCGGCGUCGAAGGACGGCUCUGCGACUAAAACGAAGAAACCUCAACGGUAA